ACAACAUCGCCAUGCCUGCCUACCACUCCGCAUUCAACGACGACCCGGUGCAGCAGAUCGGCAACACCGCCGUCCUGCCCAUCAACUGGAAGCACGUUAAAGGGAGCACGCUCGUGACGGCCGACCCCAGCCGGCCAGACAUCGUCGAGGAGGCGCUCGACCUCUUCCGCGCCAACUGCCUCUUCCGCAACUUUGAGAUCAAGGGCCCUGCGGACCGCACGCUGAUCUACCUCAUCCUCUUCAUCUCGGACUGCAUCGCCAAGCUCGCGCCGAGCGCGGGCCGCCCCUCUCCCGGAUACCAGGAGGCGGGGAAGAAGCUGGCGACGCUCGCCGUCGACAACUUUGCGCUGCCUGGCGAGCCAGGGUUCCCGCUCAACUCGAUGUAUCACCCGCCUGGGAGCCGCGGGGAGGCUGAACAGCUGCGUUCGUACCUCACGCAAGCGCGGUCCGAGCUCGCGGCGCGCCUCGUCGAGCGCUUGUACGCGCCCGAGCCCGUCAUUGGCGCCGACGGAAACCCGACGGGCCAGAUGGGGCCGCGCCCCGCACAGCCGAGCAAGUGGUGGAUGUCGUUCCAGAAGCGCCGGUUUAUGGGGCGUGCGCUGUAGCGGGGCAGGCGAGUAGAGGCAUAUUAGAUGCAAGGAGCAGUUACGACCAGA